AUGAAAGUCUUCGUUUUCUACCUACUUCUCUGCUUUCAGCUGUACUCCGGUAGUACAACAAGUUCAGGACCGAUCAACUAUUGCAUGCAGAGACCUUGGAAAACGAGUUUCAAUCGGGAAGCCAAAGCUAGCCAGUUUGCGACGACGAUAUGCCAAUGUUAGUUGGAAAAUGAUUUUGAGAGAGCUCCUAGUAGUCCCUACAAAAGUCCAUUAAGUGUCCCAUAAAGAAUCUUGUGAAUAUUCGACUCAUAAGUGGCCGCUAUAGUAGUAUAUUGCUUUUUUUUCCUUUCUAGUUGUCUCUAAAAAAAACCCCUUGAGAGUCUCAUAAAUGAUCCUGAAAAUGUUUUACGCAUAAGAGGCCACUAUAGUAGUCUCUAGUUUAUUCUUUUGACUUCUAGUAGUCCCUUAAAAGCCAUUCGAGAGUCUCGUAAAUGACCUUUUUUAAAAGUUUAAAAACUCUUCUCGUAAUUUCUACAAAAGUCCUUUAAGUUUCAUGUAAAAAAUGUUGUUAAUAUUCGACCCAUAAGUGGCCGCUAUAGUAGCAUUUUUUUUUUCCUGCAGUGUUUUUUUUUUAUUUUGCUUUUACUUUGCCUUUACUCAAGACAUGAGCAGAAAAAAAUACGGAAUGAAUAUAUUUUCAAAAAAAUAACUGUGAAUUCAUGCUCAUUUAUGAGAAAAAAAGCAAAUAAUUUUAACUUAGACAAAUCAAAAAACAUCUUCAAAAAAGGCGGAGUUUCUGAGCUUAUUCUACAGAUUUUUCUUUUUUGAAUUUUUUUCUCUGAAUAAUAUUUUUCCCAGUCAUCGACUUUGUAUCCAAUAAAAAGAUGUACAAAAUCGUAUUUUUUUAUCCUUUUUUUAUUUUUUUCAAAAUUAUUCCGCACAGCAAUAAAUUAUUCAUCGAAUUUUAUUGCAGUGAACUACCCAAAAGCCGAUUCUUGCCAAUAUUGGCGAAUCGCCAGCAUAGUCAUGCUCGACGCCAAUACGCCCCAACCCAUCGCCCUCCUCAAUAGUAUCACCAAUUUUUUGAAUAAGGUUUGUUUUCUCGACUUUUUUUUUCCAAUUAUGAAUCCUAAUUUUCAUUCGCUUCACGUAGAAAUUGCGCCUUUUACACGCGAACUUCCACAAUUUUCACGCAUAAUCUUGAAUUUUAAGCUUUUUUCGGCUCUCUCUUUUCAUCAGGAUUAGUUAUGAAUUUUUUGAAAAUACAAUUAAUUAUGUUAGUAAGAGGAUUGUAGGUUUUUCAGUACGUGUUCUAAUUAUUUUUGACAAUGAAAAAGUUUCUCAUAAAUAGAAAUUUUCAAGGACGAAAAAGAACUUUGGUGACAACAGAAAAAGUUGAAAUUCGAAAGAAAUCAAGAAAAAAGCGAAAAUCGGAAAAAUGGCGAAGCGUGUUGUCCAUAGAGCAUCUUUAUUGCAAAGCGCCCUUUUCGCGGGAACUCGAACUUUCGUCUCUCCGACUUUAAAUAAUUUUUUCUCCAAAACUAAGAACUUCUGUACGUUUCCAAGUUCACCCUUCGAUUCGCAAUGUAAAAGCUCUACAAAGUACUGCUUCGAACUGAAACACCGUUUUUUACUGCCCCUAUGCCUUUGAAAAGAGCAUGCUCAAAAAUCGAAAAAAAAAUUUUGAAACGAAGAGCUUCUUUCGACGUUGUAUUAAAGCAGAUCUCAAAAAAAUAAAAUAAAAAAAGGAUUUUUUUCGAAUAAGUUUUAUGAAUAAGACCUAUAGACUGUUCUCCCCGACCUUGAAAGUGUCUGAAAACUGUUUAUUUUCGGAUGUAUUUUCGGAAACACUAGACAAGUCUGGACGAAAUGGGUCAAAGAUUACUAAUAACCAUGUUUUCAUGCUUUUGUUUCAAACUUGAAACGGGGAAAUUUUUCAUAUCGCUGAUUUUUUUUCAUGCUUUUUUUUUUCGAAAAAGAGGCCAAGUUGAGGGCCUAAAAAUACAGAUUUUAAUUCACUGUUUUCACAAUUUUUCAAUAAUGAAGUAUGAUUUUUUUAUUUACAGAAUUACAGAAAAAUCAAAAAGAAUUCGAUUUUUCUGUAAUUUUUUUUUUUCUUCGCGUAGAGCCAAACCGAGUGCGACCAUAAUGUUAAAAGUCGUUUUAAAUAUAAAAAAACCGCGAACUUCAAUUUUUAGUCUCUCGAAUUGAAUAUGGUUUUUUUCGAGAUUUUUUUCGAAUUUUUCUUCGUUUUUUUCGUAAAUCGUAAAUUCUCAUGAUUGGAGUAAAAAUUGUCAAUUUUGUUUAUUUUUAUCUGCUGAACGUUUUUUUAAAAAAAGAGAAAAAAAGUUUAAAAAUAAAAUCGAAUUUCUUUUUUUAAACUUUCUUCGUAAGUCAAAAGACAUUCCGAGUGCGAACAUCAUUACGAAUUUUAUACUUUUUAUCAUUCUUUAUCUUUUUUUAUUCUUCAGGCAGCCGUCAAUUGCAAUUCCAAGAGUAAAAUGCAAGUUUUCACGCCGGACCUGGCCAGAGAUAUCAAUCAGACGGUUCCGAUGUACUCAGUGAGUUGUUCAAUUUCAUAUUUAUUGAUUUUAAAACCCGGGUUAUUACAAAAAAGGACCCAUCUUUAAGAAAAAUAUACAGAAUUGAUGAUAGAAAAUGAUAAUGGGAAGGACCGGCCAGAAAAAAAAAGAAGAAGAAGUUGAAUAUUGAAAAAAGGCUCUUUCACGUUCGAAAGUGUGCUCCAGUGAGAAAAUCCUCAAAUUUGAGCUUUUUUGAAUUAGCCAUUAGAAAAAAGCGUUGGAAACCAAAGAAAAUAUGCCAAAUGUCAAAUUUAUUUUUUAACAAGGUCAAAAGAUUUUUUUAAACUACUUUUUUCACAAAUAUUUCAUUGGAGCGUACUUUCAAGUGAUGAGAAAGUUUCAAGAUCGUGAAAAAUGUCAUGUUUUGCCUCAAAAAAACCUUCAAAAAUACUUGUUUCUCUCAUAUUGAAGCUCAUUCUCAAAGCUGGAAACAAAGGAUAA